UCCCCCAUUAAUUUUCACGGCCAGACAAAUUAAAAUCAUCCUCUGCUUCCGGUUAACGGAGAUGACGAGUAUAACCAACGCGGCGUUACCGUACAUGUCACCAGAGAAAACAAGUUUGUCGUUGUCGUAUUCCGCCGAGAGCGAUUCGAGACCUGUAGAUGCUGUUAUCUUCGCGGGAGUUUCGCUGGUUCUCGGCACAGCCUGCAGACAAUUGUUUAACGGCACCAGAGUUCCGUACAGCGUCGUUCUCCUCGUCAUCGGCAUCGUUCUCGGAUCUCUAGAGUACGGGACUAAUCACAACCUUGGGAAGAUCGGCCAUGGUAUUCGUAUCUGGAAUGAUAUUAACCCUGACCUACUUUUGGCUGUUUUUCUCCCUGCUCUUCUUUUUGAGAGCUCAUUCUCCAUGGAUGUACACCAGAUCAAGAGAUGUCUUGGACAAAUGGUUCUGCUUGCUGGCCCUGGUGUUUUGAUUUCCACGUUUUGGAUUGGUACUCUUUUGAAGCUCACUUUUCCAUAUAACUGGGAUUGGAAAACUUCAUUGUUGCUUGGAGCACUUUUAGGUGCUACCGACCCUGUGGCUGUUGUUGCUUUGCUGAAGGAGCUUGGUGCUAGUAAGAAGAUGACCACUAUAAUUGAAGGGGAGUCCUUGAUGAAUGACGGGGUAUCAGUUGUGAUCUUCCAGUUAUUCUUGAAGAUGGUGAUGGGGAGUACCUCUGAUUGGGGUUUCAUAAUCAAAUUUCUUGCUCAAAACUCGUUUGGAGCUGUAGGCAUUGGUGUAGCGUUUGGCAUUGCAUCAGUUUUUUGGCUUAGAUUCGUGUUUAAUGACAUAGUGGUUCAGAUCACUGUAACGCUUUCAGUUAGCUAUUUCGCGUAUUACACUGCUCAAGAGUGGGCUGGAGUUUCUGGAAUUUUGACUGUGAUAACUUUGGGGAUGUUUUUCGCUGCAUUUGCAAAGACAGCAUUUAAGGGUGACAGCUACCAGAGUUUGCAUCACUUCUGGGAAAUGGUCGCUUAUAUUGCAAACACAUUAGUUUUUAUACUCAGUGGUGUUAUUAUUGCUGUAGGCGACUUUAGCAGUCGGAAAAUAACUUGCGAAGGAGCCUCGUGGGGCUUUCUUUUCCUCUUAUACUUGUAUGUCCAACUAUCCCGCUGUGUUAUGGUUGGAGUUCUGUACCCAUUGCUACGUCGUUUUGGCUACGGCUUAGAUUGGAAGGAAUCCAUCAUACUCACGUGGUCUGGAUUAAGGGGUGCUGUGUCCCUAUCACUCGCUCUAGCUGUAAAACAAUCAAGUGGCAAUUCGUAUAUUAGUUCGGAGACGGGAACAAGGUUUCUGUUCUUUACUGGUGGGAUUGUGUUCCUAACUUUGGUUGUUAAUGGAUCCACUACCCAAUUCCUAUUGCACCUUCUUCGCAUGAACACUUUAACGGGCACCAAGAAAAGAAUACUGGAGUAUACAAAGUUUGAAAUGAUGAACACCGCCUUCAAAGCUUUUGAAAAUCUAGGAGAUGACGAGGAGCUUGGAUCUGCUGAUUGGCAUACAGUUUUAGGACAUAUUCCAAGUUUGAAAAAAUUACAAGGGGAACAAGUUAAUCCUCAUGAUGGGUGUGAGGCUGGCAAUGUUGACCCAAGGAAUAUAAUGGACAUACGUAUACGCUUCUUAAAUGGUGUCCAGGCAGCUUACUGGGAGAUGCUUGAUGAUGGGAGAAUCACACAAGGUACUGCCAACGUUUUGAUGCAAUCAGUAGAUGAGGCACUCGACCUUGUUUCUACAGAGUCUUUAUGCGACUGGAGAGGUUUGAAACCGUGUGUUCGUUUCCCAAAGUAUUACAAGUUUCUUCAAUCAAGAAUCAUCCCCCGCAAGUUGGUCAGUUAUUUAAUCGUUGAAAGACUCGAAUCUGCUUGCUACAUUUCCUCUGCAUUUCUCCGUGCCCAUAGGAUUGCGCGACAGCAAUUGCAUGGCUUUCUAGGUAACAGUGACAUUGCUUCUUUUGUAAUCAAUGAAAGUGAGGUGGAAGGAGAAGAAGCAAAACAGUUCUUGGAAGAUGUCCGUGAUUCAUUUCCUCAGGUUUUGAAUGCUUUGAAAACAAGACAAGUAACACAUUACGUGCUGAAUCAUCUAAAUGGGUAUAUCAAAAACCUUGAGAAGGUUGGACUGUUACAAGGAAAAGAGGUUUCUCAUCUUCAUGACGCUGUCCAGUCUGACUUGAAGAAGCUCCUGAGAAAUCCUCCUUUACUAACACUUCCAAAUGCAAACGAUUUGAUCACCACCAAUCCCUUAUUGAGACCUCUCUGAGCAAUGUUAGCUCCAGCUUCAAGGAGCUUUUGGACAUGGACGAGACAGACUCAUGAACCUAUCCUGUUGGUUUCAAGAUUUCAAUUCAGACUCUUCUUGUCAGAAUCAACUCGAGGAGACUCAGUUUCAUGAGGGGGUCAGGAACUCGUUCUUUACUUUUUACUUCUUUUUUUUUGGCAGUUUCAGGAUCCGAGUUCAUGCAUAUAGUUUUACUUGUAGAGAAAAUACAUUUUCAAGGGGAAAUUGUAAAAUAGUUAUUGAAUAAAUUUGA